GCCAGGUCUGUGGCGUCACGUUUGACGUCACGAGCGCAUCGCACCUACAGUAUUGAGUCUGUCGUUCCUCUGAUCAUUUCAUAUUUAUAUAUAUAUAAUAAGGUUCUGUUUAAUCAUGUCUACUCCUGCCAGACGGCGACUCAUGCGGGACUUUAAAAGACUUCAAGAAGAUCCUCCGACAGGUGUAAGUGGCGCUCCAUCAGAAAACAACAUCAUGCUGUGGAAUGCUGUGAUUUUUGGGCCUGUAGGAACUCCCUUUGAAGAUGGAACGUUUAAGCUUGUUAUUGAAUUUUCAGAAGAAUAUCCUAACAAGCCUCCUACAGUUCGCUUCAUCUCCAAAAUGUUUCACCCAAAUGUGUAUGCAGAUGGCAGUAUAUGUUUAGACAUACUUCAGAAUCGAUGGAGUCCCACAUAUGACGUUUCUUCCAUUUUAACAUCCAUUCAGUCUCUGUUGGAUGAGCCAAACCCUAACAGUCCAGCCAACAGUCAGGCCGCGCAGCUCUAUCAGGAAAACAAACGUGAAUACGAGAAGAGGGUGUCUGCCAUCGUGGAGCAGAGCUGGGUCGACUCGUAACGCUGCUGCUGACCUCAUCACAAAUCUCUCUGACAAGUGCCGCCGCCUGUAAAAAGGACAGCACUGAAUUCAUACGGACACGCAUUUCUUUGCAAGCGCAUUUGAAGAAAACCAAAAAUAUUUGUGUGCUUAUUUAUUUUCACUUUUUAACUGCAUGAUAAAUUAUUGCUAACAGCUAUUGUUGGAUUGAUGCAGUUGAUGUUUUAAAGGAAUGCAGACUGUUGGCUAAACUCUCUCAUAAACAAAUAUUUACAGCUUUAAGUUCUUUAGUAAGCCAUCAAUGCAUUUGAAACAGAAAUCCCCUAAAGAUGAUGAAUUUUUUCAUUAACAUCUCUGAUAUAAUUGCACCGAAAGAUUGACAAUAGGAAUCAUCUUUGUGUAUUUGACACAUCUUUACACUCACAUGUGUUUGUGCUUCAAAUGAAAUAAAGAGGGCAUGUACAAUAUAAAAUGUCCUAUACAAAGUAGUAAGAAUGUGUGUAAGAUCUGGGUGUUAAUAAGGAUGUUUUGAAAGUUAGUUUUUGUGAAUUUAUCGUAUAUGGAAAUUUAUACUUCUAAUAUGAUGUAUUAAGAGAAAUAAAACAUUUUUCAGACUUGGA